AUGGGAAAACACAAGAUUUAUUUCGUUACUGAAGACAAGCAAUGCGAGCUCACCGCCUGUGAUAUAAAAUCAGGAUACCAGCUUUACUGCGUGGUCCUGGGCAAAGACGAAACUUUAUUUGACAUGGCCACCAGAGAAUUUGCUAUCCUACAUGGUGGCCCAUCGAAUCUGGAACAACUCGUCGCAAUAGAGCGAACACCGAAUGCCAGUACCGUACAGGUUAUCAACGAGGCUGAUGGGGAAAUCCUUCAGGAACUAAAGGUCGAUCUGUUCGAAUGCCCAUACAUUGCAGUUUCUCCCAGUCGCAAGGAAUUCGCACUUAUAAGUCACCGCUAUGUUGGAGGUUGGAAUCAGGAGAUCCGGAGUCAGAGGUUUUCCCCUGGGCCAGACCACGUAUUCCACACGAGAUGUAUCGAGCAUUUUCCCAUACCGAGCCCCACGUUUUAUUAUUGGCAGCGGGAGCUCGGAAAGCAGGCAGUGGGCGCGGCCGUGCCUCUUGGCGCUCAGUCGGAUUUUCCCCCAUAUCUCUCCAGGUGCGAAGCUGCGAGGGCGUUUAGGGACAGCUCUCAGGAGAAAUUUCGACAGGAGAUCACGCUUCCGCCGCGCCAUGCGCAUCACAAGGCUCGCCGCCCGUUUGUUCCAGAUGAUCGCUACGGCCCGGGAGAGAUGCGGUUCGUGGAUGGUGAUAGGCUUGUUUAUCGCACUAUGCGUAAUGCUCACCCUGAUGUAUACAUUGUUUUCGAUUUUGGACUGAGAAUGCGUCACAAGGAGAAGGGCGGCUAG